CCCCGUCGAAUGUUCCACCACCUUCCGGACUCCACCGCUCGUCGGCUCGCACCACCAAUAUAAACUCAACUCCGCCUGCCUCGUCACUCGACACACCGAGAAUCACAAAAAGCGCAAGAGCAAUCCACAGAUCAAGAAACCAAGAAAGCCCAGAGCGAUUCAGUCGAGAGGAGAGACCCUAGAGAGCGACAUGGAUGCGAUGAUGUUCGGGCUGCAGAUUCCCCGGAUGGCAGCGCUGCAGCACCUGAUGGACAUCCCCGACGGCGACGCCGGCGCGGGCGGCGACAAGGCGGGCGCGGCGGCGAGCGGCCCCACGCGCACCUACGUCCGCGACGCGCGCGCCAUGGCGGCGACCCCGGCCGACGUCAAGGAGCUUCCCGGUGCCUACUCGUUCGUGGUGGACAUGCCGGGGCUGGGCACCGGCGACAUCAAGGUGCAGGUGGAGGACGAGCGGGUGCUGGUGAUCAGCGGCGAGCGGCGCCUGGAGGAGCGCGAGGACGCCAAAUACCUGCGGAUGGAGCGCCGGAUGGGCAAGUUCAUGCGCAAGUUCGUGCUGCCGGACAACGCCAACAUGGACAAGAUCUCCGCCGUGUGCAAGGACGGCGUGCUCACGGUGAACGUGGAGAAGCUGCCGCCGCCGGAGCCAAAGAAGCCCAAGACCAUCGAGGUCAAGGUCGCCUGAACUGUUGAGCGAGGAUCGAUCGAACCUAAUAAAGGGAGUUCAGGGCAGUGCCAGCGAGUUGUGGCGAGGAUGAGAGCAGUGAUGUGGGCAGUAGUGACUAGCUAAUGAGUGUGUUCAUGAACAUUAGCGUGUUCAUGAGUGUUCAGUUCUUUUAUGCCGUGCUCUGUUUGUGGCUUUUGUGCUACGAAACGCAGAAGCUGAGCUGAUGUGAGCUGCUUUCUGAAUAAUUAAAUCCGUAUCUUGUUCGUUUCU